UCCUAUAUUUAACUGUAGAAGAAGAAACAAAGCAAAACAACAUGGCAGCCUCCGCACAGCACGUUGGAGCCACUUCUGAAGAGACAGACCCACCUGAAUGUAACCGAACAGAACCGAAUAAAGAUCCCGGAACAUCAGAAUCAGAGUCGGAAAGACUGGAGGAAGAUGCGGAGGAGGAAGCGGAGCCUCCCGGCCCGAAGAUCCGGGAAACCCCGCAGGACAUCCAGCUGGAGGCCAUCGCCAACACGGUGGCUCUCCACCCCAGCAGGGACAUCUUGGUGUGCGGGGACGUGGACGGGGACGUGUACGCCUACUCCUACUCCUGUACGGAGGGAGAGAACCGGGAGCUGUGGUCGUCCGGGCACCACAUGAAGUCCUGCCGCCAGGUGCGCAUCUCGGCGGACGGGCUGAAGCUGUACAGCGUGUCCCGGGACAAGGCCGUCCACCUGCUGGACAUGGAGCGGGGGCAGCUGGUGUCACGGAUCCGGGGGGCCCACGGGGCCCCCAUCAACAGCCUGCUUCUGGUGGACGAAAACAUGCUGGCCACUGGAGACGACGGAGGCACACUGAAGGUGUGGGACAUGAGGAAGGGAACAGCCAUCAUGGAUAUGAAAAACCAUGAGGAUUAUAUCAGCAACAUAACUGUGGACCAGAACAAGAGGAUUCUGCUCACUGCCAGUGGGGACGGCACCAUGGGCGUCUUCAACCUGAAGCGCCGGCGCUUUGAGCUGCUGUCGGAGUACCAGAGCGGCGAUCUGACCUCGGUGGCGGUGAUGAAGCGAGGGAAGAAGGUGGUCUGCGGCUCCAGCGAGGGAACCAUUUACAUCUUCAACUGGAACGGCUUCGGAGCCACCAGCGACCGCUUCGCUCUGAAGGCGGAGUCGGUGGACUGCAUCGCGCCAAUUACAGAAAACAUCAUGUGCACGGCGUCCAUGGACGGAUACAUCCGAGCCAUCAACCUUCUGCCCAACCGGGUCAUCGGAUGCAUCGGGCAGCACGUUGGCGAACCUGUCGAAGAGAUCGCCAAGUCCUGGGACUCCCGCUUCCUGGUCAGCUGUGCCCACGAUCAGCUCAUCAAGUUCUGGGACAUUUCUGGUUUGCCCAAACUGAGCGUGGACGAAUACCGCAAGAGGAAGAAGAAAGGCGGGCGGAUGAAGUCGCUCACCAAGAAAGCGCUCGGCAACAGUGACUUCUUCUCUGGACUUGUGGAGGAAACUGAGAAAAAAGAAGAAGAAGAAGAAGAAGAAGAAGAGCAGGAGGAAGGUGAUGAUAGUGACAGCGACAGUGGGAGUGACUGAGACGUUUCUGCGCCGGCGGACAUUUUGUUCAGAGGGUGGAGAACCCGUUCAUGAGUUGGCAUGAGCUGCUGCUUUGGUUCUGGUUCAGUCCAAUAAAUGAGUCAAAUGCUGGGAACAGAAACAAAGAAGUGACUUUAAAUUGAAUGAACUCCUCUGACAGAGACCCGAACCCAGACGGGUCACUCACUUUACUUUGUACAACUCUGAUGAUGAAUCUUCAUUUUGUGAAGAUGUUGAAAAGUUUUUGAGUAUCGGUAUCCGGUGUUGGCCUUUAUGCAAAAGAAACUAACGCUGCCAUUAUUCCAACUACAGACCUCAAAGGAGUUUGUUGUAUUUUAUGUAGAUAAAUAAAAACCAUGAAAUGGAAGGAAGAUUAAACAUGUUUUUCAAGAUAUUUUACCAAUAAAUCUGAAAAGUUUGAGAAGCAUCUAAAUCUAAAUAUUCCAACAAUCCUCAAUGUAAUAACAUCAAAACUAAGUAAUGAUCAUGAAAUCUAAAAUAAAACUUUUAUGUUUUUGUCAUA